AUGAACCAGGUGCAAACGGCGUUCAAAGAUUUGGCGGAAAUGAUCGCAGACCAGGGCGAAAUGAUCGAAGACAUCGAGGCCAACGUCACGUCUGCCGCGGAGCAGUCGAAGCAGGGCGUGAGACAGAUUAUGAAGGCGAAGGCGAGCCAGCGAUCGUCGCGGAGGAAGUGUUGGACGAUUCUGACGAUUGUGAGCGUGGUGGUGAUAGUGGCGGUCGGGCUGAUUAUUUGGAUCGAGGUGGCGAAGAGGAAGGAGGAAUAG